AUGCAAGAGAAAAUAAAGAACAAAGGAUGUACCUAUACGUCAGAGCCUUCUGCGGUGUGCCCUGUAGAGACCUCUGCCGCCGCCAAAAGAACACGCCGUGUGCAUACAACCCGUGCAAAAGCAGUCCCUGGCCAACACCCUCCAGCCAGGCGCAUGCACACGCCAAGGAGCCUGCCAGGCCCUGCUUUUGCCAAAACACGGGGCAGAAAGCCUUUCACCGGGAAAGGAAGUGCGCCGACGCCCAUUCCAGAAAAUGUGUUUGACAGAGCUUUUAACAGAUUCGUUUCCAAGCUCGUCAUGCGAUUUUUUUCCAAUAACCAGCCAAGCAACUGCUUUAGUGUGCUUUAUCCCAAACUCUUUAGAAAAAAACUGAGCAGGACAUCCGCGGACAGAAUAUGCAAUCUUACCCAAGCUGACCCCAGGGACCUCUCUGCAGAAGAAGUCCCCGAGGCUUUUGACACGCUUGUUUCUGAGCUUGUCAAAGGAGCCUCCAGCGAGUUGUCUAAAGCAGAGGCCAUGGAGCUUUUUGACAGGUUUAUUGAAGAAAUUUGCAGACAUGCUCCGACUGGGAUUUCUAGCGAACAGUUCGACAGGCUCCUUAUGGGGCUUUUUGCCAACCUUUUGGGGGAUAUAUGA